UAUUCUCUCCUUCAAGUCCGUCAGGUUAUGGCCCGCAUAUAAAUAUGUGCGUAUUUCUGAAGUAAAAGUGGGGAUUUUAUUAAAAACGUUGCGUUGCAGGGAGAAUACAAUUCUGACAGAUUUGUCAAACUAACUAGCUCGUUUUUGCUGCCAUUGGUUUCAAAUCGACAUCUUUUUAGUUCAUUGCACACUUUAACGUUAACUUAACUGUGCUGACGUAUAUGUGCAAUUCUCGUGGAGUAAAUUAGCGGGCUUUGUGGAACAAAACGAGGUCAGCGUCAAUUGACAGUUCUUAUUCGAGAAUACAGCUAGUUUGGUUUAGUAAAGACACAACGAUGGUGUUGCUAAAGAAUGUCUCCCCUCCCAGCGAAGGCGUUAGGCAUGAACAAGCCGAGACCACAGCAGUCUUGGACGGCAAGGGACUUGGAUCGGGCACCCUCUACGUCGCAGAAACUCGUUUAUCAUGGUUCGAUGGCUCUGGAAUGGGGUUUUCCCUCGAAUACCCUUCCAUCAGUCUCCAUGCCAUAUCAAGAGACCUGAGCGCCUACCCACAAGAGCACCUGUAUGUGAUGGUAAACUCGAAACUGAGCGAGGAAUCUGAAAUGCAAGAGAAAGACGAUGAGGAUAAUGAAGAUGAGGAUGAUGAUGAAGAGGACAAGAACAGCGAUGACGACUCGGGCCCGAUCACAGAGAUUCGCUUUGUGCCCAGCGAUAAGUCUGCAUUGGAACCCAUGUUCUCUGCCAUGUGCGAAUGCCAGGCCCUGCACCCCGACCCAGAGGAUGAAGACUCUGACGACGACUUUGAGGGCGACGAGUACGAUGUGGAGGAAGCUGAACAAAACCACGGGGACGUCCCCACCUUCUACACCUACGAGGAGGGCCUGUCCCACCUGACGGUGGAGGGCCAGGCCACGCUGAACCGGCUGGAGGGCAUGCUCGCCCAGUCCGUAGCGCAGCAGUACCACAUGGCCGGGGUCCGGACGGACGAGGCCUCCGCAGAAUUCGAAGAUGGAAUGGAGGUGGACUCUGAAUCGACGGUGGCUGGACAGUUUGAGGAUGCUGAUGUGGAGCACUGAUGGUGUAGAGUGGAGUCUUCAGCAGUUGAAAGCGGUUAUAGCAGGAUGGACAGAUUGGCAGUGGAUUCUCCCUCAGAUCUCAGCCAAGGCACUUGACCCCAGAACCUUCCCUGUUUAGAAUGCAUUGAACUAUCACCAGCUGAUUGUUCUGUUUGGGCUAAUGGACAGCAAGGCCCUUUGUCAUAUUGUGCUUAUUGGAGUAAUUAAUAUUACAUUUUGAUGUCAGUUUUUUUAUGGUCUAUUGGACAAACCUUUUUCCCCCUCAGUGAUAUGUCUUUGUAUGCAAACUCUUCAAUAAAAUAGUUUUUGUAUUA